CCCGUUUUUUUUUUUACGGAAAUCACUUUGAGUCAGCUAAACGCGUGGCAUAUUCGCAGUGUCGUGUGGGAGUGUUUUCGUUAUUACAAAAGACUCGAAUGAAUCGAGAUACGUCUUUAUAUUAGAUACCGUGUUUGAUUGCAUAUGGAAGUGAUCGUGAAUUAAAAACUCUGAAACUGUUUUUUGGAAAUAUAUCCCCACGCGCAAUUUUAUCCUAGAGGCACAGAAAGAGCCGGAUUCAUUUUUGAACAAUUUUCUGUGUAUCUAUUUUCAAUAAUUGAAGCAUGCGUAGAGUCAACAGACUCUUUUGCAUCUGAAGAAAUUAUCGCGGGAAUUGAACUUUUUUGGAGUACAGCACAGUACAGUACAGUAAAAUCUUGUUACAACAAAUAGAGCUACAAAAACAUUUUCAGUACAACGCACUUUUUCUCAAGUCCCAGCAGAAAGCCCAUAGAGUAUCACUUAAAGCAAUACCUCUUUGUAACAAACUUCCCAAUUCUCUUAUUUAAAAAAUUUAAGGGAUGUAUGAUUCUCCAUGUAGAAAUUUACUGACUAAGGCAGCAGGCACAGUUGGAAAUUUCUCAUACUAAAAUUCUGACUGGUUGUUAUAGCAUGGAUGGAAUUUGUAAUUAAUGACAAACAUGUUUCCAAGUGGUUUUACACGCAACGUCCUCCCAGAAUUAAGACAUCGGUGCAAAUGAUGGAAUCCUUGAUUUGAUCUUGUUUUAUUUUCACGAGUUCACUCAGUUUCAAACAAUUAUAAAACAAUUGAGAAUGAUAGAAAAUCAAGAUCUGACCGAUCAUAGGCAUGUCUGAUGCUAAAAUUUGUCCGGUCAUCAAUUUUGAAAAUCUCUUCUGUUUAAAAAUGUUUUUCUCAAGUCCCCAAGAAAUUUUUUUUCAUGAGAUGUUACCGUAUACCUUUGCUUUAAAAAAAUUUUCGGCGUCCAUCUCUACAUUUAUAUCAGUAAAAACUGUACCCGGUGGUCCUUCCCCAUCGCAGGUGAUAACGGAAGGAUUUCGGGUGCGAAAAAUGUUCAUUCGCGAUCGUGACUCACUCUGAGACGGACGAAGUGUGUCAGUUGUUGAACAAGUGUGCUUGUCCUUUCGCUGCGCCCAGAAAACCGGCGAACAUAGUGUGUCCGAGGAGAGAGAAGCGAGCGAAAAAAAUAAAUAAAUAAAAUAAAGUAGACGAGAUUCCGGGGGAAAGUUAUCUUUCCCUUAUCAACCGGACGUGCUCAGCCAGCUAUGACGUGGUGCUGAGGAAUGAACACAAGAUUUCUUCCCUGUGGUCCAGAAGAAGUGAGGGCGAGAUCUUCAUCGGUACAUACACACAGAAAGUGUGUUGUGUUGGUGUUGUCGCGAGGAGAAAAAGAAAAAGUAGAUUCAACCAAGAGCAAACUUUGCAAUCGAGUGGUGCUUGUGACACCCGGUUGUUGCCGACGUCGAGAUCGGUGACGUGUUGGAACCAUGGCGCCGACGGCUUUUGAGCCACCCAGGGUCGACAUGAUGACGCCGAAGCUUGACCAUGGCGACGAG